CCUCCUCAUUUCAACCACCAAUGUCCUCCAAGAUGAAUAGAAGACCGGUACCAUCGUCCACCGUUUCUGCCUCCUCGGUAGCUACUGACAACUCAGUUUCGGACUCGCGCAAGCGCCAGUCGAGACGCGACGAUGCGAUCAGACGCAAAAUCGAAAGCGACUUGAACAAGAAAAGACCCGUCCAGACGCCCACCAAGAAGCAUAGAAAGGCAGAUCCCGGUACGGUCUUAUCCUUGAAACCAUCCGAGCCGAUCAUCUGCAAGCCGUCUGCCACUGUCUACGAGGUGGCCCAGUUAAUGAGCGCCAAGCGCGAGAACUGCAUUCUUGUGGUUGAUGAGUACGAGAACCAGUUACGCGGGAUCUUCACCGCCAAAGACUUGGCAUUCAGAGUCGUCGGAAAGGGCUUGAAGGCUACCGCCGUCACCAUCGACCAAAUCAUGACCCCAAACCCCAUGUGUGCCACCACCGCCACAGCCGCCUCGGAAGCCUUGAACUUGAUGGUGCUGAAAGGCUUCAGGCACUUGCCGGUUUUGGACGACGUCAGUCGCAUUGUGGGUGUGUUGGACAUUACCAAGUGCUACAACGAGGCAAUGGUGAAGUUGGAGCGGAUGUACCAGUCGUCCAAGAAGUUGUAUGACGCGUUGGACUCGGUCAACAGCGAGAUGGGCAUGGGCCAGCAGCCGUUAGAAGUUUUGAACUACUUUGAAAACUUAAAGACCAAGAUGAACGGGCCCACGUUAGAGACGGUCCUUGAUGAAAAGGCCGUUCCGGUGUACGUGAACGUCAAGUCUUCGGUCUACGAAGCCACUGUGUUGAUGAAGGAGCACCACACGACCGCGGUUUUGGUCAGAGACGGUGACGACUCCCAGGUGAGCGGGAUCUUCACCUCCAAGGAUGUGGUUUUGAGGGUGAUUGCCGCUGGGUUGGACCCGAAAACCGUCUCUGUUAUCCGAGUCAUGACCCCGCAGCCGGACGUCUCGGACAAGGGCGUGUCAAUUCAGGCGGCAUUGAGAAAGAUGUUUGAGGGCCACUUCUUGAACUUGCCAGUGACCGAGGAUGGCGAAAUCAUCGGGAUCGUCGAGGUGUUGAAGUUGACCUAUGCCACCCUACACCAGAUCAAGGCCAUCCAGUCCAAGGACGAUAACGGGAACGAAAUCGAGGGACCUGCCUGGAACCGCUUCUGGACCGGUUUUGACAACGACCUCGACUCCGACUCCGUCCACUCCGACUCCAUGCUCGAUAUCCCGGAAGUUACCCAGUCUGAGCUCAACAGUUUCAACAUCAACGACCUCGGGCCGUCCGACUCCAUCUCCUUGAACGGACGUUCCAAUUUGAACCCGGGCUACGAAAAGGAACAGGUGGAGCACGUUCCGUAUGCCUUCAAGUUCAAGUCUCCAAUCGGCAGAGUCCACAGGAUUAGCUUGAAACCCGUGGACGGUGUAGACGCACUUAGAGAGCUCAUCACCUCCAAAUUGGGCCUGCAGGACUUUUCUGUGCUUUCCGUCUAUAGCUUGAGCUCCGACGCUGAGGGCGAAGCCACCGGGAGGACUGAGGAUAUCCGGGGUAAUUUUGCCAUUUCUUACGUCGACGACGAGGGCGACAUCGUAGCCAUCACCUCCAACCAGGACUUGAUCGACUGCGUGUUGAUCAACAAACGGCAGGCGAACGAGAAAGCCGAUUUGUACAUCCACAACCCCCAUGCCUCUAGCAAUUUGAUUUACUGCAACACCCCAGCCGCCAAGCACGCGCCAAAGAACGAUUCGAGGGGCGGUGCUGAAUUCAUUCCAGGUGUGGCCAACGAGGUCUUGCUCUCGGGCGCUUUGUUAGCGUUGGCUACGUCUAUUGUGAUUGUCUUCUCCCUCGGCCGGAAGUAGAGAGGGGGGGUGAAUGAGCUUGCAUGCUUUUGUGAGUUCUGGGUGUUAGAAGGGGUAGGUAUGCUCUUUCCAUCGGUGGUUGUGCAGGAUUUGGUCCUCCCAUGGCAUGAAGGGCUGAUGAUGCAUCGUACAUAUGUAAUUUAACGAAAUACGAAA